AUGGUUCUCAUGGAGUUUCUCGCAUAUUACGACCAGAAACGUAAGACGAUAGGAUACUUGAUGAACCAAAGACUGUGCAACCUGGAAGUGACAUCCCAGAUGACAGACCCCCAGGUGACACACCCUCCCCCAGAUGACAGACCCCAUAAGAUUGACAGACCCCCAGGUGCCACACCCUCCCCAGAUGAGAGAGACCCCCAGGUGACACACCCUCCCCCAGAUGACAGACGCCUCCAGAUGACACACCCUCCUGAUGACAGACCCCCAGGUGACACACCUCCCCAGAUUGACAGACCCCCAGGUGACACACCCUCCCCAGAUGAGACACCCCCAGGUAAUACAUCCUGCCCCCAGGUGGCAGACACCCCCAACCCCCAACCCCUUUCAGAUGACCAUGUGUCCUUCACCCAGGUGACCAUGUCCCUUCACCCAGGGAAUACAUCCUGUCCCCAGGUGGCAGACACCCCCAACCCCUUUCAGAUGACCAUGUCCCUUCUCCCAGAUGACCAUGUCGAUUCACCAGGGAAUACAUCCUGCCCUCAGGUGACAGACACCCCUCCUGAGUCCCCCACUGCCCUUUCAGGUGGCCAUGUCCCUUCACCCAGGGAAUACAUCCUGUCCCCAGGUGGCAGACACCCCCAACCCCUUUCAGAUGACCAUGUCCCUUCUCCCAGGUUGCAGACAUUCCCCCAACCCCCACUGCCCUUUCAGAUGACCAUGUCCCUUCACCCAGGUGACAGACGCUCCCCCAGUCCCCCCACUGCCCUUUCAUAUGGCGAUGUAGAUUCAUCCAGGUCACCAACACCCCUCUCUAAUCCCCCACUGUCCUUUCAGAUGACCAUCCAGAUGGCCCUGUAUAUUCACCCAGGUGGCGAUGUAGAUUCACCCAGGUAUUACAUCCUGCCACCAGGCGGCAGACACCCCCAUCCCCCCAAUCCUCUUUCAGAUGACCAUGUACAUUCACCCAGGGAAAACAUCCUGACCCCAGGUGACAGACGUCCCCCAGUCCCCCACUGCCCUUUCAGGUGGCGAUGUAGAUUCAUCCAGGUGACAGUGCAGAUUCACUCAGGUGAAACAUCUACCCCCAAGAUGACAGAUCCCGCUCCCUCUUCAGGUAACACAUCUACCCCCAAGAUGACCGAUCCCUUUCUCCUUUUAGGUGACACAUCUACCCCGAAGAUGGGAGAUCCCCCUCCCCGUUCAGGUUACUCAUCUACCCCCAAGAUGAGAGAUCCCCCCUCCUCCUUCAGGUGA